AUUGUAUUGUAUAUAUUUAUCGUAAGUUGUCGGGGUUAAUUUUUUUCAUAAACUUUAACUUAUUAUAAAAUAUUGUGGCAUAAUUGACGUAUAGUGACAUAUUAACUUCAUUUCAGUAAUCAUGUCAUGGAUUUUCGGAAUGGGUGGUGGCAAUAACCCCGAAUCACCACCAAACUUUGAAAAUAUAGACAGUGUUUCAGAUAAGAAACCAUCACCGCCACCAUCAUCAUCUAGUGGCGAGGCAUAUAAAUUUGAUUCAUCUGCAUUAGAGCGAGCAGCUAAAGCUGCCAAAGAAUUGGAAAAGUCAAAACAUGCCAAGGAAGCCUUAGAUUUAGCUAAAUUACAAGAAACUACUAAGCAAAUAGAAUAUCAAACAAAAAUAAAAGAAUAUGAAAUUCACUUGGAACAAGUACGUGUGGAACAAAAACGAGUUGAUGCUGAAGAAAGAAAGAAAUUGUUGGCUGAAGAAACUAAACAACAUCAAUUACGAUCACAAUAUCAAGAUCAAUUAGCCCGCAAAAGAUAUGAAGAUCAGCUUCAACAACAACGUGCUUCUAAUGAAGAGAACUUAAGACGACAAGAAGAAUCUGUAGCAAAGCAAGAAUCUAUGAAAAAGGCUACUAUUGAACAUGAAAUUGAGAUGAAAUCUAAAUUAGAUGCUAAAAAAUCUGAGGCUAAAGCACUAGCAAGAGCAAAGGCAGAAAGAGAAAAUCAUGAUUUGACAAUGGAACAACUAAAAUUAAAAGCUUCUGAACAUAGACAAACAGUUUUGGAGUCCAUAAAAACUGCUGGUUCAAUUUUCGGAAGCGGAGCAAAUGCAUUGCUUUCUGAUUGGGAUAAAACUUUAAUGGCUGCUGGAGGAUUAUCUCUUUUGGCACUAGGUAUUUACAGUGCCAAGGGUUUUACCGGUGUUACAGCAAAAUAUGUUGAAUCAAAAUUAGGUAAACCCUCAUUGGUUAGAGAAACCUCUCGAUUUUCAUUAUUAGAAUCAGUUAGACAUCCAAUUCUAACAUUUAAGGAACUCAGAACAAAAAAAAGUAGUGCAUUAAAGGAUGUUAUUUUACCACCAAAAUUAGAAUCUAGAUUAGGUGAUGUUGCUAUUGCCACUUUAAAUACUAAGAAAAACCGUGGUAUGUAUCGUAAUAUCUUGAUGUAUGGACCACCAGGUACUGGAAAAACACUAUUUGCCAAAAAAUUAGCUAUGCAUUCUGGUAUGGAUUAUGCUAUAUUAACUGGUGGAGAUGUAGCACCUUUAGGAAAGGAUGGGGUAACUGAAAUGCACAAAGUUUUUGACUGGGCAAAUAAUUCGAGAAAAGGUUUAUUGUUAUUUGUUGAUGAAGCAGAUGCAUUUUUAAGAAAACGUAGUUCAGAGCUAAUUAGUGAAAAUUUACGCGCUACUUUAAACGCCUUUUUAUAUAGAACUGGAGAUCAAUCAAACAAAUUUAUGCUAGUACUAGCAAGUAACACACCUGAACAAUUUGAUUGGGCAGUAAAUGACAGAUUAGAUGAAAUGGUAGAGUUUGGUUUACCAGGCAAAGAAGAACGAGAACGUUUAAUAAUGUUAUAUUUUGAUAAAUAUGUUUUAACACCAGCAACUCAAAGCAAAGUCAAGUUGAAUAUUGAGAAAUUCGACUACAGUGCUCUGUGCAAACAAAUGGCAGAAAUGACUGAAGGGAUGUCUGGUAGAGAAAUUGCUAAAUUGGGGGUAGCUUGGCAAGCAGCUGGUUAUACUUCUGAAGACGGUCUGUUAACCAAAGAGAUGAUUUUGAACCGAUGUGAAGAUGCAAUUAAGCAGCAUAAACAAAAGAUGGAAUGGAUGAGCGAAAAAGAAAAAAAUGAUUCCAGAUAUACAAGACAAAGCAGCAUUCACUAAUAUAUAGAAUUAUUGGUCCAUGAAUUUUGUAGUUAAAUCUCAAAUGAAUAGUCAUCAACAUAGAAUGUUACUUAUGGGUAUUUAAAUUCCCUAGAAUUCCAUUAUGUAAUAUAUUUAAUGUUUUUGUUGUUGUAAAAUAUAUUUGUAUAGUGUUUAAGCUAUGACGCAUACGAUAAAGGAGAGAGAGAGAGAGAGAUCCGGUAUUCAAAUAAACAAAUUACCAAAUUA